AUGUCUUGUAGGCGAGCUAGAGGGAGUCAGGAUAAACAUAAAGAUGGAAACAAAGUUCUUUAUCAUUGAAGGAGUGGAGCAACAACCGACGGUGGAGCUAUCUUAUCGAGGACGCAGACAACAUGUGCUACGCAGUGGGCGGGUGCGCCGGCGCAGGUCCCGCGGCCACAUACGUGGCUGCGGCGCUACAGUUCUUCGCUGCCUCCCAGUGUCUGUUGCAAGAGUCGUACCCAAGACAGGCGCACGUCACCAACGGGUCCCGGUACGACUUCAUCGUAGUGGGCGGUGGCACGGCAGGCUCGGCGCUGGCAGCGAGACUGGCCGAGGAGAACCGCUUCAGCGUGCUGCUGCUAGAAGCAGGACCGAACCCUCCCGAGGAGAGCAUUGUACCGGGCUUACGACAAACCUUGAAAGAAACACCCUACGACUGGAACUUCACCACCAUUGAUGACGGUGUCACGAGUCAAGCGCUGGCGAGCCACGUCCAGAGACAGCCGCGAGGCAAGAUGCUGGGCGGCAGCGGCUCCCUCAACGACAUGGUGUACGCGCGGGGACACCCUGAGGACUACUACGAGUGGGCUGACAUCGCAGGCGACGUCUGGAACUGGACUAACGUGCUGGACUACUUCAAGAGGACUGAGCAUAUGACGGACAGCAAUAUCAUUAGCAACAAGGAGCUGAUGCAGUACCACGGCAUUGGAGGAGCCAUCGAGGUGUCAGGAGCCCACUAUCCAGACAGCCCCAACAGCAAGCUGAUGCAAGCUUUCCAAGAGUUGGGCUUUGCCGCAGUCGACGACAUGACUUACCCGUAUAAGAUAGGAGUCGGCAAGUUCUCCCACACCAUCAGGGACGGACGCAGAGACAGCUCGUUGACAGCUAUGCUGAACAAAGUUAAAUCCGGUAAGCUGCACGUAUUGAAGAAUACAUUUGCGACGAAAAUUUUGUUCGAAGGGAACAAGGCGGUCGGGAUCCAGGCCGACUCGGAUGGAAGAAACUUAUUUGUUUACGCGAAACACGAAGUGAUCGUGUCGGCUGGCACGUUCAAUACGCCCAAGCUGUUGCUACUGUCGGGUGUGGGCCCGAGCGAUAUUCUCAACCAGUUCGACAUCGAUGUCGUCCAAGACCUACCUGUAGGACAAGGUCUGCAGGAUCACGUCAUGGUCUUAAACUUUAUGACUGCUGAACGCGGGACUUGUAAGUUAAGCGAAAGUGAUGGUUACUUCAACGUGAUUAAAUAUCUGUACAACGGCUCCGGGACUUUGUCUUAUUCUGACAGUAUCGGCGCGUACCUGCCUCAGAAGGACAAAGAGGCCCACGUACCUUACUUUGCUAUCUACCCGUCCUGCGUCCCGGCCGGACAACUGACCAGCAACCUGUGCGUGCAAGGCAUUGGGUUCACGAGUGAAAUAUGUGAAAAGUUGCAAAAGGAAAACGAGAUGCAUGAGCUGAUAGUGGCGGCCGUGGUGCUACUGAAGCCGCAGUCCCGCGGAUAUGUCACGUUGAAGUCUUUAAAUCCAGACGACGACCCCGCCAUUUACUCUGGCACUUUUGACCACGAAGCUGACAUGGAGGGAUUCCCGGAGGCUAUUGAGAAAGCGGUAUCCCUGGUGAACACGACACAUUUUAAGAAGCUAGGCGCGAGAGUGGUGGACCUCACCCCGGAGAGCUGCCGCGGACUGCAGGAGCCACAGCGCACGCGCUGCUCGGUGCGCGCGCUGGCGCUGGCGGCGUGGCACGCGGUGGGCACGGCGCGGCUGGGCGCGGUGCUGGACGCGGAGCUGCGCGUGCGCGGGCUGGAGGGGCUGCGCGUGGCCGACGCCAGCGUCAUGCCCACCAUGGUGCGCGGGAACACCAACGCGCCGGUCGUCAUGAUCGCUGAGAUGGCCGCCGACUUCAUCAAAAACCAAUACAGAGACAAGUAA